AUGAGUAACUACAAGCUGACUAAGGAUGCUGGUGACUCCAGUGAAAGAAGGAUUGUGUUGCUUGGGAAAACUGGAGACGGGAGGAGCAGCACUGGAAAUACCAUUCUGGGAGGUGGAAACUUCGAGGAAGGCAUUAGCCCCAGUUCUGUCACAAGUAAGAGUGAGAAUAAAACAAGCCAGGUUAAUGGGAGACCAGUCACUGUGAUUGACACCCCAGGAUUCUUUGACACAGAGCUCUCUGAUGAAGAGAUGAAGAGAGAGAUUUUGAGGUGUAUCUCCCUGUCUGCACCAGGACCCCAUGCAUUCCUCCUGGUGAUCAAGUUGGAUCGAUACACAGAGGAAAAGAAGGAAGCCAUGAAAAAAGUUGACAAGCUGUUUGGGGUGGAAGCUCUGAGGUUCACUAUUGUCCUAUUCACAAGCGGGGACAAUCUGAACAACAAAUCCGUUCAGCAGUUUAUUGAAUUGAAUUCUGAUCUGAAAAAUUUUGUUCAGAAAUGUGGAGGUGGAUACCAUGUCUUCAACAACAGAAACAGGAGUGAUUGCAGUCAGGUCACAGAGCUGCUGGAGAAGAUAGAUAAGAUGGUGGAGAAAAAUGGAGGCAACUGCUACACGAAUGAAAUGUAUGAAUUGACAGAACAAGCACUUCGACAGGAGGAAGAAAGAGAACUGAAGAAG